AUGGAAGACACCAUUGACACCGCCAUGGGGGUGUUCUCUGAUCAGUACCUUGUGUCCAAUGACAGUUUACUGUUCAACAUCACCCCAACCCACUUUCCCCCCCUGCCACCCAUAAUAGACCAGACCAUCAGCGUCACCACCAUAGUCAUCCUCUUCAUCACCAUGGUUUCACUGGGCUGUACCAUGGAGGUGUCCAAGAUCAAGGUGAUUCUCAUGAUGAUGCUCAUCUCUAGUUUGGUUCUCUAGUUUCCGGUUGUUUCAGACUUUUUGGGGUUAUUUUCAUCCUCUUUUUGUGAUGAUUUUUUUGUGAUUAAAGCAGUUUUAGGGUUUGUGAAAUGUAUACAAAUGAAAUAUUCUAUUCAUAACAUUAAUAUUGUUAUUCAUCUAUUUAUAUAGGCCCACAUCCUGAAACCUAAAGGAAUAGCCAUCGCAGUGGUGGCCCAGUUCGGAGUAAUGCCCCUCACUGCCUUUUCAUUGGCUAAG